UCGCCGCGUUCAUUCCAUAGUAAAUGAGUUAAUUGAAUAGAUCUAUACAAUGUAAUUGAAAUAAAAACGUGAAAACUGUUUUGGCAAAUUGAUAUAAUUUGAAAUAUCAAUGGCCUUGUUAUAUUUUAAAUAUACCGUUUGUAGCAAAAAACAACAUCGAUAUCGUCGGCAAAUGAACCGAAGCUUACGUCUCUUGAAUGAAUUUCUGCACAACUUCGCGUCUAUUUUCGUCGUAUUAUCUCCGUAUGCGUAUAUUGCAUACUAGCCAUCAGAUUAAAUUAGCGAAGUUUCACCAGAAUUCUGGGAAUCUACGGAAUUAUGGUUAAACAGUGUACCAAAAUAGAGAUGAUUCGCAGCAGGUGGUUAUUUUUAAAAUGAGCUUGACAUUCAGUAAUAGAAAGAUGAACGAUUCUUUUUUAAUUGCAUUUCUUUUUUUAACCAAAAUUUACGUAUAGUGACAUCAUCUCAUAGUGGGAAACUGUAAUUCAGUUUUAUUUCAAAGCUAGUCUUCUAUUUUUAUAGUGUAAAGAUAAACGUCUACAAUAAUCAAAAUGAGUGCUGGUUCAGAUUCCUCGAGAUGUGAACUAGACUCUGUAACAUCUGCAGAUUCACUACAAAUAAUAACAGAUGAAUUCAGACUCAAUCAUUUGUCUACGCCAGAUGUGUCAAACUCAGAGUUGUCAAAGCGACUUGCUGCAUUAGAAUUAGAUAAUGAGCGUUUGAGAAUAGACUUAGAAAAUUCUAGAUUAGAACUGAAUGUUAAAAAUGCUGCCAAUCAAGGAUUAAAGAAUAAGAUAGCGGAAUUAUAUGUAGAAGUUCAAAACUCUGUGCAGGAAAGACAAAAAUUACAGUACCAAAUUAAAGAUAUUCAGUGUCAGUUGGUUACAGUUGAGAAUUCAACAAAAUGGUAUCAAGAACAGAUGCAUGAGGUGCAAGCUAACAAGAGAUCAUUGCAAGUUGAAAUAGAUACUUAUCAAAGUAUGCUAAGGCAAAAACAUCAAACGUUAGUUAAUAUUACAGCUAAAUGGAAACAGUUGAAUGAUGACUAUUUGACUACUGUGCAUAAUCAUAGAAGAGAUAAGAUUGCUCUGGAAGAUAAGAUUGAGCACUUAAAAUUGAAAGAAAAUAGCUGUAAGAGCAUCAAUUCAUUGCCCACACCACAGCAACAAACAGUGUCAAUAAGUCUUUAUGAGGACGUAUCACACCGAUUGGAGACCGUCGAAGAAGAACUACAAGACGCUCGAGCUGAACUUCGUACACUCGAGCAACGUUUGAUGACUGCCGAGGUGGAAAGAGCUUCAGUCGAGAGUAGCCUUAGCAAACAAAGGCUUCUGCAGUCUGCCAUGGAGGAAAGUCUAACGAGGUGUCAACAGGAAAGAGCUGAACUUGCUGACAGACACAGAGAAGCCAAUAUUGAGGUGCAAAAACUCAGAGCUGAACAUGAAACUGCUCAGAUGAAAUUACUAGCGGCUAAACAGGAACGCGAUCAAGUAGAAGAUGCAAUAGAGCAGUUACGUUCGCAGCUUACUAAAAUGUUAGCUCAACAUAAAUUGUUGAAAAAUCGAAAUUCCGUGCUGGAAGAGAAGCUGAAUGACAUGCAAGAUGUUUGCGAGAAAAAUAAACGACUCAAGUCAUUGUCAUACUCGGCAAAUGCUUCAUUAUUCCGAAGACUCCGACAGGAGAGACGAAAAAAUAACGAUCUUCAUAAGCAGCUAUGUCAGGAACAAAAUCGACACAGGAUUCUUGCUAAGAAAAAUAAAGUUGGCUUUCUUAUGAAGGAGCACACGAAAGAAGUUCUUGAAAAUAGUAAAGACGAAAAGUGCUUAAAGAUAUUAGAAGAAAGCUUUGACGAAGGUUACGCCGACAGCAACAGUACUUUGAGCCUUCCACCUAUCAACAUCCCGUCACCAUCUCCGUUGAAUUCAGAACUACUCAACACCAUCAACGACGUGCUUUCGAGAAGUAAAGAUUUCUGGCAGCCGAUACAACAUGAGCUUGACAAACUUCAUGCAAAGUUGAACGACGGUCGCUCAAUUGCGUAACUCAUAUUAUGAAUAAUUCGAAAUUGCCAAAUAUCCCCUUUGCUAAAUUGUUAAACAUUUUUUGCCACAAUCGUAGGAAAAUGCAUCGAGUUUAUGUUCUUCAGAAGAAACAUAAAAUUAUAAUUUAAUCGUAUAAUGAUUUUUCGUUUAAUUAAGAUAAAGGUGAUUGUAUUAAAAAAAUUGUGAUAAUAUGCUCGUGAUUACAAACUUGUAAAGUAGUAAAACGUAGUUCCCUGUUGUAGAAGUCACGUGAUCGUCAGAUGCAUAAUAUAUAGAAUAUUUUUUACACAACAGUUAUAAAA